CUUAGAACUUAACUUAAUCAACCACUUGAUUCUUCAUCAUAUAUGCUGCCUUAUUCUAUUCCCUGCAUAACAUACUAUCUGCUUCGAUAUAUCUCAAUUUAAUAUUUAAUGUUCUUGUCGUUUAAUGUUGUACAUACCCUAGGUAUAUAGUAGUGUUAUACAUGUAGCUAGCCUAAACACUUCAAGUUCUCUUGGGCUUCUCUUACAUUUAGAAGAUGUCUACUCGAAGUGAUAUGAAAGGAUAGCUACUAGAUUAGUUAAUUCCAGAUAAAGGUCUCUUGAGCGAAGGAGCUUCCUUUCUCAUAGGUAUACAAAGCUUCUAGGGGACUUUUUAAGACUUAGGAAACAAUUCCUUUGAGGGAGCUGACCUUGGUCGGCUAUGGUAUUAUCGACAAAGAUUUUGUCACAGAACAAUGCCAUUCUCUUGUUGUGAUUACAAUACAAAUACUAAACGGGGCCCAUCAGCGUAGGCAUGGCCCAUCUUUACCGAGACAUUUACAACUAACGUACCUGAAUCUCUAAAGAAGAAAAUUCGUUCUAUCGUCUUUUCUUUUUGGGAAUUUGCUGGCGUGGCAGGUCACCCACACACCUAUGAUAUUUGAUACUCAUACUAGGUACGUAAGUAAACUUCCAGGGACAUCAUGCCGUGCGACUGUACUCGCAUUACUUCUCGGUACGCUUGCCGUCACAAGGAACGGGAGUUUAACAGAUGCUGGCGAUAUGCUUUGAGGAAAGAUCAUUCUUGCUUGGGAGUAUUCGUCGCAAGGUGCGAGCCCUGUCGAAUGGCGGUCAAACUACCACGUGUUUGUAGCGAAUGUUUUAAAUACUUUGUUACUGUCUUUGGUAAGGAGACUGCUUAUUAUGCAAGUAGAAAGUUCUUGGAGUAUAAGAAUGAUAUGGGAUUAUCUCGGCAGGCUAUAAACCCUGGAACGAUCUCUCGCGAAUCGUACAUCACUUCGGCAGAGCUGGAUGGGAUAAGUACUGAUGCUGCUGCGAGGUCCACUCAACCACUUCAGGUCAGGAGCCCGAUACCAGUGGAACAUAUUUCGAUCCCUCCUCCGUCAAAACCUCGGCCGCUGCUCCCCCCGGAUGUCUAUCAGGAUGCGCUUCGAGAGCGCCGCCUAAUGCAAUCCGAAAAGAAAUCAAACUCUACAGCUCCUAGAGUCCAAGAAACAGGGCCUACGGCCCGGCAGAGGCUGGAUAGGCUGGAUAGAGCUAACAGAAAUGCUCGAGAUGGUCCGGCGAGGAUAGAAAACCGGUCUCGUAAUCAGAACCUUGAGGAGCCUAUCGGACUUCUAGAUCCUGCUAACGACAACAACUUCAUCCGUGGCAGAACACAAAUUAGCAUGCCUUACCAACCGGUGCCGAUUCGGUCAAUGGAAGCGCCUAGAGACCCUCUGCAUAAACUGUCAGACAGCUCUCUCGUGAAGCGCAUUACCACAAUGGCCGACACGGUGCAGAUUGCAGGUUACCCUAGUCCGGAAAGUGAAGGACAGCCAAGCGCACCAAAACUCGAACAGGCCCCUAAAAUCCCUGGCUGGCGUAGUGAUACCUUUCGUCCGGCUACCCCCGACGAAGGACACCACGGCCCAACCUUCGCCUGCCCGACCGUACCACCUCGCGCUGCCUCGGCUACCUGUAUGAGGACCGUGUCCUCUAUGGACUCACUGGUCAGCAACGAGCCACGGUCACAUUCCGUGUCUAAUGAGCUCGUACCCGUACCGGCCCAUCGCACGGCUGGGAUUUGCGUGUCGAGCAGCGCACGCCACUAUAAAGAACAUGGUGUGCCGUCGGCCGCAUACCUCGAAGAAGAGAGCCACGAGGAGAAGCCGCGGGCUUCGAACCCACCGUCUGCCAUGUUGGUCUCUAUUAAGACACCGUCACCCAGCUAUUCGUGCGCUGUGCAGUCGUGCUUUUGCAGCCCCGAGGAAGAAGACGAUGAGGUAUGCCCGGCGUGUCGCGACAGAAGGAGGCUGGAGGGGGAAUUGCAGAUGACAUGGAUUUAGGAAACUAAAGAGAUAAGAUGGCGUGGGGCAAGAUGAAGCUCCUCGCGCUGACCAUCACAGCUUCCUGAUGUUUUGUAGUCGAAAUGACUUUCUCAUAAAUUCGCGAAAAGUUGAGCAUCAUCGAUACAAUAAACCUUUACAUGUUCUGAUAUAUGUUCUUGAGGUCUCGUUUAUGCAAAACGCCAGUACCUGAAAUGUAAUUAGCAGUUGGACAGUCUUGGAUUCCGUUUGAGGUCGGCUUUUGAAAAAAUGUUUUAUAUGGGAG